AGUCCAGUUUCCGGGUGCUUUUCCUUCCCUUACCUCACCCCAACCUUCAGACCCAAACCAGAACAUUUGGCAUUUAGGCUGUCUGUUUAGAUUCAGUUUAGAAGAUGCUGUUUCUAAUGGAAAACGCUUAUAAAAUAAGAUGACUUAUUGACUUAUGAAAACGCUUAUAAAAUAAGCGUUUUCAGUCCAAAAUGGCGGCCGUGGCUGUUGUCAAACAAACACCAGACUUUCGUCUCUCUUUGCUUCUGUACUCUUUGGUAACAGCGCCACGAAGACUUUUACUUUGAAAACAGGAAAUGACAGGCGCAUGUUGUGAUCAGCUGACUGAAGUGUUGACAAGGCAGGUUGGCUGCUGGGAGAGGAAGCAGAAACACACACAGACAGUUUCUGUGAUGAGCAGCUGACUGAAUGUAACUGACAUGUUUACUCCACCUCUACUCCCUGAGAUACUCUAGAGGCUAGUAUUAGUAUACUCCGUCCUCAGUUUGGAGGCUGCAGUUUGUUCACAAUCAGUGAUUUCUGAUCUGAGCUGUGAUCCAUGUGAGAGGAGGACCAGAAGACACCGGAGACACGUUGACUGCUGUCGGUAUCAUGGACAUCCAGAACGAGAGGAGGAGGCUGCUGGACGAGGAGGAUGGAGACGAGGAUCCUACUGGACUCAUGUCUGAGCAGGAGGCUUACCUGAGUAAAGUGAAGAACAGGAACUUGUACCUGGCGACGUUCGCGUCCGUUCUGGGUCCCAUGAGCUUCGGCUUCGUGUUGGGCUACAGCUCUCCCGCCAUCCCAGAACUCACCAGGAUCGCUGACCCUCGGCUGCGGCUAGACGCUGACCAGGCGUCCUGGUUCGGGUCCAUAGUGACGGUGGGAGCGGCGGUCGGCGGCCUGCUGGGCGGGUGGAUGGUGGGGAAGAUCGGCAGGAAGCUCACACUGAUGUUCUGCUCGCUGCCGUUCGUCUUCGGCUUCACCAUCAUCAUCGCAGCGCAGAACGUGUGGAUGCUUUACGCCGGCAGGGUGCUCACCGGCCUCGCCAGCGGGGUCACGUCGCUGGUCGUCCCUCUGUACAUCUCUGAGAUGGCUCACGAGCGGGUACGGGGGUUGUUGGGCUCCUGUGUGCAGCUCAUGGUGGUGCUAGGCAUCAUGGGAGUUUAUCUCGCAGGUCUCUACCUGGACUGGCGCUGGCUGGCGAUCUGCAGCUCCAUCCCGCCGACGCUGCUGAUGGUCUGCAUGUGCUUCAUGCCGGAGACGCCCCGCUUCCUGCUGUCGCAGGGGAAGAGGCGGGAGGCCGAGGAGGCGCUGCGCUUCCUGCGAGGGCCGGACGCCCCCGUCGAGUGGGAGUGCGCCCGCCUCGAGGACACCUAUGAUGAGCAGAGCUCUGGUUUCCAGAUGUCCGACCUGAAGGACCCCGGUGUCUACAAGCCUCUGGUGAUCGGCGUCAUGCUGAUGAUCUUCCAGCAGAUGACGGGGAUCAACGCCAUCAUGUUCUACGCUGAGAACAUCUUUGAACAGGCUCAUUUUAAGGAGAGUGACCUGGCUUCAGUGAUCGUGGCUCUGAUUCAGGUCGUCUUUACGGCGGUGGCGGCGCUGAUCAUGGACAGAGCUGGAAGGAAAGUCCUUCUCAUCAUCUCAGGUGUUGCCAUGGCGAUCAGCACCACAGCGUUUGGGGUUUACUUCUACCUGAUGUCCAAAAUACACAACCCCACCUCGCUGAGCGACUUGGCGCUGGACGUCCAGAGCAAAGCCGGUGAAGAACCCCACGCUGAACUGGCCUGGCUGGCCCUGGCCAGCAUGGCCGUCUUCAUCACAGGUUUUGCUCUCGGCUGGGGUCCGACCCCGUGGCUGAUCAUGUCGGAGAUUUUCCCCUCCAAAGUGAGGGGGGUCGCCAGCGCCGUCUGCGUCCUCACCAACUGGAGCAUGGCGUUCCUCGUCACCAAAACCUUCCAAGACAUGAUGGGUCUUCUAACCAGCGCUGGAACCUUCUGGCUCUUCGCCUCCAUGUGCAUCGCCAACGUCAUCUUCACCAUCGCCUUCGUCCCAGAAACAAAGGGCAAGACGCUGGAGCAGAUCGAGGCCACGUUCAGAGGCACAUCAGGUCCAUAAAGCCCCCCCCCCCCCACUCCCACAUCCCCCACACCUAACGCCAAAACAUCAUGCCACCCAGCUGCAAACAUCUCAGACCUCGUAUCUCUGAAGUGUCCUCGGGGACACUGUGUGGGCAUUUAAAAAAAUCUGUUAUAAAGCUAUGAAGCUGAUUGAAACUCUGUCUUAUACUUAGUUUUUUUAUGAUAGAAACAGUUAAACCUAAUGCAGAAUAAUACAGCAGCACAGUAAUACACCCUCCCUACAUGAAGGUCACUGUGUUGCUCUUUAAUGAGAGAUGUUUCUAAUAAAUAACCAUCCCGUAUACAUCCCGUACGUAUCAAUGAGGUUUGACUAACCCAGGGGUCAGCACCCUGCGGCUCUGAAUAAUAAGUGGAGAUGAAUAACUGUUUUUUGUUUACAUUUUUAUUUUUAUUUAUCAUUGUUGUAGGUCUAUGGUACGACGGUACGACGGAGUAUUAGGGCCACAUUGAGGG